AUGUGGAGGUAUAGCCCAGAACUGCAGAAGAAGGCCCUUGCCGGAAGGGAGCAGAGGCAGAAGGACUUUGACGCCUUUGUUGGCCAAUUGAAGGAGGCUUCGCGUUCAGACAAGCCGAUCUGGGCUGCGCAGAAGGAAAUGGAUGCGAAGAGGUCUGAGACGGAACAACAGAUCCGCAGGGAGGAGCGCGACGCAUAUGCUGCCGAGGGUCGGAGAAGACAAGCAGAGAUUAGGGCUAGCACGCAGUAG